ACUCUGAUGCUGUGAAAAAUCUGUAUAUAUUUGGAAAAUAUUCGUUUUAAAUCGUGAAUCUGUCACAGACUUGUUAAAUAUAAUUAUUUCAAGUGCAAAAUAGAUACGCCAAUUCGUGUAUAGACAGGUAAUGGAGGCAGUUUGCCAUUUCUUUCGGAGCAAUUAUAUAUUAGCCAACUGCGAGGAUGUGAUACAAAAGAAGGGUUUCACGCUAAAUCUGUCCCAUUACCAAAUGGACGAAUUGCCCGAGAUAAUUGAGCACUGUGAAACGCUGAUGAAACUCUUUCUCAAUCAGAAUAAGCUGACCAAGGUACCCUCCAGUCUAGCCAACUUAAUGCGGUUGCAGGUCCUGGCGCUGGACUACAAUAAGCUCGAUGAGUUUCCCGCUUGCGUUUGCCAACUGGUUCGAUUGAAAUUCCUGAAUGUUAGCUGCAAUAAUAUUGUUAGCCUGCCCGCGGAGGUGGGGCAACUUACGGCCUUGGAGACCUUCUGGUGCAACAAUACGGGUCUCCGUGCGCUGCCAGUUGAACUAUCGAAUUGCGAGCACCUGGAAACGUUGGGAGUGCGUGGAAAUCGUUUGUGCAAACUGCCCGAUGAACUGGGCAAGCUGUCGGAGUUACGUUGGUUUACUGCCGAGAACAAUGAUAUAGUGCAAGUGCCAAAUGCAUUUGGAAUGAUGCAAAAUCUGGUGCAUUUGAAUUUGAGGAAAAAUCGUUUGAAACGGCUGCCACGGAUGUUGAUUGUCAUGCCCAAACUGAGAUUCGUUUUUCUCAACAACAAUCUCAUUGAGGAAAUGCCAAGUCGUGCCGACCUGGAACAGCUGAAAAACGUGCGCAUGCUGAAUUUAUCCAUGAAUCCCAUUAGCACCAAGCCCGAGAUGCAGGUGUUGGCUAAAAAUUUAAUGAACAUUUAUGUGGAGUCUGUAGAUGACUACCCAGAAACUGCCACUGGCAACAUUUUUAGUGGCAACAGCGACGCACAGGCACAGCAGGAACAGGACAAUGAUACAUCAUCGGAUUGGGCCAACAGUGCAAGAACCAGCCAAUUGGAUAGUACCGAUGAGAGCGCACUGGAGAAUACCAUUGAAGAUUUAAGCGUUAUGUUGCCCGAAAUGUCUCGAUUCGUAACAACAUUUUAAGAUGAUCAAUCAAAAUAUAUAAAUCUGUUGCGUACCGUUUA